AUGACAUGAUAUCUUCUUCCUCUGAUGAAAGAAUAUGAUAUGCUGUAGGCUACAGCGGGGGUGGUUGAGGACCAGAACACGCAUCCAUCAAGGCGGGAGCGCGCAUUGUGAAGAGGCGGGGCAGCGGGAAUAUCUCUUUCCGGAUAUUUACCUCCACCUGCCCGCGCGACGCGCCCAGUUCCAAGGUUUUUAACAGCGGUAGUAUCAACGGACAUGACAAAGUUCCCAAAUCCAGGACUACUGAGGUUGUGGAGAGAUGGACUGAGGGUUGUGUCAGUGUGUGUGAGUGAGUGAGUGACGUGUAAUUCAGAGUGCAAAGACACAGAGAGACGUGACAGUCCCGCGUCCCAUUGUGACAUAGCUACGCUGCUCUGAGACCACUGUCUGCAGGGGGGAACACACAGCCAUAACGGGUACCUCCCCAACAUUCCCAGCCAACGCGGCUCUGAGACCACUGUCUGCAGGGGAACACACAGCCAUAACGGGUACCUCCCCAACAUUCCCAACCAACGCAGCUCUGAGACCACUGUCUGCAGGGGGGACACACAGCCAUAACGGGUACCUCCCCAACAUUCCCAACCAACGCAGCUCCACAUACUCGUCCCUCUAUUGAUUUGAAUGUGUUGACAGUUGGAGAAAUAGCUUGAGCCGCAUUGAGAAUUAGAAAAGUAUGAAAGCCAAUGGUCCAAUAUUCUAGAAUACUGCUGUGCCGGGACAUUUUGGACUCUGAUAGACGUGUGUUUGUAAGAGGUUGAGUAACCCGCGGUAACAGACAUGCCCAAACCUGAUCUACUCUGUUUGGUUCAACUACUGGACAACACUAUCCAGACCUUUACAGUCAACAAGCAGGAUGCAGGGGAGGUUUUACUGGAGCAGGUGUGUAACCAGUUGGGUCUGCUGGAGAGACACUUCUUCAGUCUGCAGCUACGAGACUCCAACACCACCAUUGUCACUCAAACACACUCUCCUAGGUGGCUGGAGGCCAACAAACCACUGAAGAAGCAGCUGAAAGGAGUUGUCUCUCCAUUCUACCUGACCCUCCGAGUCCGAUUCUUCAUCUCAGACCCCAACUCUCUACAGCAUGACCAGACCAGACAUAUGUACUUCCUCCAGAUCAGGAGUGACAUCAGAGAGGGCAGGUUGAAGUGUCCUUUGAGUGCAGCUGUAGUACUGGCCUCCUAUGCUGUGCAGUCUGAGCUAGGUGACUACUCCCCAGACCUUCUCCCUGGUUACCUGUCCAAAAGCCACUUCCUCCCAGAGCAGGAUGAUGACUUCCUGUCUAGAGUGGAGGCUCUGUACCCAGGGCACAGGGGGCUGAAGCAGAGUGAGGCAGAGCUGUGUUUUCUCAACACAGCAAGAACUCUGGAGAUGUAUGGAGUGGAGCUACACACUGCCAUGGACUCUGACAGUUCCCCUCUAUUGGUGGGAUUGGCCUCAGGGGGUGUGGCUAUCUUCUAUAACAUGAUUUGCUCCAGUUUCUUCCCCUGGGUGAACAUCAUCAAGAUAUCCUUCAAGAGGAAACGCUUCCUUAUGCAGCUCAGACGCAAACAUGGGGAGACGCAGGACUGUGUGGUGAGCCUGGUCCUGCCGUGCCCCAGGGCCUGUAAGAACCUGUGGAGGUCAUGUGUGGACCAUCACUGCUUCUUCCACACCAACCUGGCAACCCGCAGCCCACACCACACCAACCUGGCAACCCAGAUACACAACAAGCUGCUCUCACAACACUGGGCCUUGGGCAACACUAAAACAGACAGUGGUCCAGUGUGUAAGAAAGUGAUGGGUGGGAUGGAGUGGAACCCAGCUCUGAGGGGAUCCACCUCAUCAGAACACCUGGAGACCAAGAGCCUACCGUCCCGAUCCCCCCCGCUCACACCCAACUGGCGGAGUCCUCGUGUGCGUCAUGGCGCCCGUAAACCCCGCCCCUCCUCAGUGGAGCUGAACAAUGACCUGCGCGACAUGUCGGAGGGGGAGGAUGUCUUUUACACCUACAGGGUCUCCCUCAGCAGCAGCAGGGGCAGCCAGGAGGGCACGCCUACACACAGUGUUUCUGGCACUCACAGCCAAGGAGGUGGAUGGUCGCAGGUUGAUGACAUCAGCACAGGAGAGGAAGACAUUAAGGCCACCUCUCACUACCGGGACAAGCGUGCUCUUGGUGAUGGCGACCUGCUAUUGGUGCGUCUCGCUCCUGAUGACGAUGGAAAGUUUGGUUUCAAUGUCAAAGGUGGCGUGGACCAGAAGAUGUCCCUGGCCAUAUCCCAGGUCAACCCUGACUCCCCUGCGGGGCGGGUUGAGCCAAGGUUGUUGGAAGGUGACCAGGUCGUGCUGAUCAACGGUCGCGACAUCUCUGAACACACGCAUGACCAGGUGGUCAUGUUUAUAAGAGCCAGCAGAGAGUCCCACUCCAGAGAACUGGCUCUGCUUAUACGACGCAAAGGUCCAGGGCGUGUGGCCCCCCUGCUGCAGUUUCCCUCUGCCCUGUCUCUGACUGGCCAAUCACACAGUGAUCCACUGCUUCUGCCUGGCCAAUCAGAACAAGGCCAGACACUUGAAGAGUCCAUGAAACAACUGGAGAGGGGAAUCCAGACAGGCACUCUCACCUUCCACUUCGAGAACCUGUACAUGAGGAAGCCUGGCCUGUCGGUAGCCUGCGCUCGUCUCCCUGAGAACACAGACAAGAACAGAUACAAGGACGUGCUGCCCUAUGACAUCUCCAGAGUGGUACUUCAGGACCAAGAGGACUACAUCAAUGCAAGCCACAUCACGGUGAUGCCCCCAGGGUCUGGUGUGUGUCUGCGCUACAUUGCAGCUCAAGGACCGCUGCCUCAGACCUGCACUCACUUCUGGCAGAGUGUGUGGGAGCAACACACACACACCAUCAUCAUGCUCACCACACUCACCGAGAGAGGACGGACUAAGUGCCACCAGUACUGGCCACACCCUCCUGAAGUGAGGGAUUAUGGGUACCUGAGGGUCAGCUGCCACUCUGAGGAAUGCAACCUGGCCUACGUCACACGCCAGUUCACCCUCACACACACACAGCUGGGAGAGGAGCGUUCGGUGACCCACCUGCAGUAUGUAGCAUGGCCAGAUCAUGGUGUACCUGAUGACCCCUCAGACUUCCUGCUGUUCAUCACCUCUGUUAGAGAGAGGAGGACAGGAGAUACACCACUUAUGGUGCACUGCAGCGCAGGGAUUGGGCGUACAGGUGUUCUCAUUACCAUGGAGACGGCGUUGUCGCUGUUGGAGAGCGGUCGACCUGUGGUCCCUCUGGACAUCAUCAGGACGCUCCGAGACCAGAGGGCCAUGAUGAUCCAGACCACGAAAAGGUCAAAGGGCCAGGAGCUGUUUGACCAGAUCAGGUAUCAUCUGGACCUGGUGGAGGCUGACUACUUUGGACUGCAGUUCAUGGACCCAGAACAAGUCUCACACUGGCUGGAUGUGUCCAAGCCCAUAAAGAAACAGAUCAGAGAUGGUCCUCCAUACAGACUGUUUUUCAGGGUGAAGUUCUACUCCUCAGAGCCCAAUAACCUACAUGAGGAGUUCACCAGGUACCUGUUUGUGCUGCAGCUUCGACAAGACAUUCUGUCCGGCAAGUUGAAGUGUCCAUAUGAUGUCUCAGUAGACCUGGGGGCCUACUGCUUACAGAGUGAACUGGGGGACUGUGACCCUCUAGAACAUUCUCCUGAGCUGGUGUCAGAGUUUCGCUUCACACCCAAACAGAGUGAGACCAUGGAGGCAGACAUCUUUAACACGUGGGUGGACCUAAGGGGUACGGAUCCAUCCCAGGCAGAGACCAGCUUCCUCAACAAGUGUAAAUGGCUGGAGCUGUACGGAGUGGACAUGCACUUUGUCAAGGGAAGGGACGGAGCAGAGUACGCUCUGGGUCUGACUCCCACUGGCAUCCUUGUGUUUGAGGGCUCCACCAAGAUAGGCCUCUUCUUCUGGCCCAAGAUCACCCGCCUGGAUUUCAAAAAGAGUCGACUCACCCUAGUGGUGACGGAGGACGAUGAUCAGGGGCGGGAGCAGGAGCACACCUUUGUGUUCCAGUUGGACAGUUCGAAGACGUGUAAACACUUGUGGAAAUGUGCUGUGGAGAGCCACGCCUUCUUCCGGCUGCGCCAGCCCACAGCUGGGAAGGCCUCCAGCAGUGACUUCACACGCCUUGGAUCACGUUUCAGGUUCAGUGGAAAGACUGAGUACCAGGCGACCCACGGAGGGAGGCUGAGGAGGGCCAGUACGUUUGAGAGGCGACCCAGCAAGAGAUACCCCUCCCGCACUCACUCACUGGGUGGCAAGGCCCUCUCUCCAGCCAAACCACCACAUAUCAGCGCCCACACCAGCCCCGAACCUAGUCUACACCCAUCUUUUUCUCCAUCUAUCUCUGUUCAGUACCAGCGUAACAUCCCUAUAGCCCAUGAGCCUUGGCACCCAGCCCUCACACCCCCCAUCUACCUACAACACUCAGGACACACAUCCCCGCACAGUUUCCCUCGGCGUGGUCCUGUCCUGGGAGGGGAGCAGCAGUUCAGUGUUGAGGAGAACGAGACGCCGUACUCUGGAAGCAUACACCAUCGCCACCGCAGACACACACACUACGACAGCCAGGAGACUUACUGUCACACACACAGCAAGAACAAACACAGAGCCCCUCCCUGUCCUGUAGAUGAGUUGGAGCUCUGUCUGUACAACCCCUUGGAGACAGACAGCAACACCUCUCCCUGGCCUUCACUACAUGUCAACAUGGACAACAAGGCAGAGGAGAAGCAGUUGUCUGAGAAGUCUCUCCAGCCCUCCUCUCCCUGCAGCUCUCCAGACCAUCUCAAGUGUAACAUCUACAAAGCUCAGAUGGAGGCUGUCUUUAGAGAUGCUCCGCUGACGCCCAGAGGGAAGACCUGUAGUCAGGAGAUCAACGACAGGUAUCAGAGCUCCAGUCAGGACUCUCGAGACUCUGCCACUUCCAGUCUGACCACAGAGAGAACCUCCCUCCGCCCCGACCACAACUCAACCACAGACAGACCCGCCAAGUCUAACCCUAACACCAACCGCAGGAAAAGACUGGUCAGGCAGUUCAGCUUUAACCAUGAGGACGAGGAUAAUCUCCCAGAGGCCCUUGCAGCAAUCUCUUCCCGGAGCACUGGGAAGUGUGGAUCUAACAACUCACUGGACAACCAGACACAACCCUCCAUAUACCCUCAGGAAACAAACACACAGAUGGACAUGCCGAUACUGGAGCUGAGGAGUCCAUGCUGUGAGCGUUCUCACUCUCCCCACCUAUCCCCUUCCUACUACCACACCUCCAUCCCUCCCCUGGUACCCUGCCUCGCCUCUCACACCAACAGCGGGGAGGAGAUGAGGUUGGGCAGAGAGAAGAUUCUCAGGGCUCUCCUGAUGACGGAGCUCUGAGUCUGUGACCCCUGUGACAUCAUGGAUGCCUCAUGGACCUGGUGUGAGACGACCUUCAGGAGUCCCACGUCCACUGGCUGUACUCAGCAGUCAGCAUUUACUGUACAUAAUGCAGUCAACCUUUCUAGAUUUGCAUACAAAAUAAUUUGCUUAAGUGUUAUUUUAAAAGGAACAUGUUUUAUGUCUACCUACACUACACACCCUGUAAUAACAUGCUCCUACACUACACACCCUGUAAUAACAUGCUCCCACACUACACACCCUGUAAUAACAUGCUCCCACACUACACGCCCUGUAAUAACAUGCUCCCACACUACACACCCUGUAAUAACAUGCUCCCACACUACACACCCUGUAAUAACAUGCUCCCACACUACACACCCUGUAAUAACAUGCUCCCACACUACACGCCCUGUAAUAACAUGCUCCCACACUACACGCCCUGUAAUAACAUGCUCCCACACUACACACCCUGUAAUAACAUGCUCCCACACUACACACCCUGUAAUAACAUGCUCCCACACUACACACCCUAUAAUAACAUGUGUAACGGAUGUGAAACGGCUAGCUUAGUUAGCGGUGGUACGCGCUAAAUAGCGUUUCAAUUGGUGACGUCACUUGCU